UUACAUUUGAAGAUCCUCAGUCUUCUAUAUGUUUAUAAGUAAUCUUCUUCGUUUUCCUCGGAAUUGUCUAUUGACUUGUCGUCGAGGGAUGAGUCAUAGCUUGGAAAAUUACCUUUUCAUGUUUCUUUGAUUUCAGUUUCAGAUUUAUAGUUCCCAAGAUGUCGUCACACUGCGAGUGUCAAUUCGAGGACACCGCGUACCUGAGCAGUUCCUGCGGGGCCAACGUCACCCUGUUCAUGACGCUGCUCGACAUGAUGAUCCGAUCCCACUGCGAUCUAACCGACCCGUGCAACCGAACCCAGUCCCAGGCCAAAAUUCGCGAAGAGGAUACAGUUUUUGAUUUCAUUGUCGUCGGAGGUGGAGUUGCAGGUUCUGUGGUUGCGGGUCGACUGAGCGAGAAUCCAAAAUGGCGGGUGGCGUUACUGGAGGCAGGACCGGAGGAACCCUCGUCGAGUUCGAUACCGGCCUUUGCAAC